AUGGCGAGCCUUCCUGAAGAUAUGAUGAUGGUUAUACUUUCGAAGCUACCCGUUAAAUCGCUCUCUCGUUUCAUGUGUGUAUGUAAACCUUGGUAUGAAUUGUUGAAAGACCCUAAGUUCACUAAGAUGCAUCUUCACGAUGCCAUUGAGAAUAACAAGUUUAGUGUCCUACUAAGAUCAUUCAAGGAUGAGGGUGAUGCUUAUUAUCAUACCAUAGAUUUUGACGUAACAUCCUCAUCGUACCAUAUGGUUGUUCAACUUAAUCUCCAAAUGGACAAUGAUGCAUAUGACGGCGAUCAUUCUUGCAACGUUUGGGUUUCUAGAUUAGGUUCAAAUAAAUGGAAAAAUAUUGGAAACAUACGUCAUGAUAUAUGUGAUAUUGUUCAUAUGCCUUUAAAUGGAAUUAUUCGUUGGAUAGAACAAAGUAAAGUUAUAUUUUCGUUCGAUAUAGUUGAAGAAGCGCAAACCAAAGAGAUCCAAAUACCAAGUUGCUAUCUAGAUGGUGAAUCGUACUCGUAUGAAGAUAUGGAAGUGGGUGUUUUAGGAGAGGAUCUUUACCUAUCAGUUGAUGCUACAUCCAGCAAGGGCAAUUUUGAUCUAUGGGUGAUGACAGAUUAUGGAGUUAUAGAUUCUUGGACCAAAAUUUUCAGUCUUUCAAAAGAUGAAACAAGUUUUGAUGCAUUCAGGCCCCUGCAUUAUCUCGAUAAGAAUGGCAAGAUUUUAUUGUUUGGAAUCCGAUAUGAAACCUUAUAA